AUAAAAAGGGCUCAUGACAGGAAUAUAAAUGAAUAACUGCUUUGUUAAAGGAGCUUUCUCACAGGGGAACUGGGGGGAUUAUAAUUUGCUUGAUGUGCUGCAGCUUCUACUUGAAACCAUCAUUUAUUAAUCUCCCCAUCCCCAAAAUCCCAACCCUUCUACUGGCAAACAGCUUGAUAUAGAUAUCCAACUGGGGGCCCUCCAGCUUCUGCUUUAUUUCAGCUGCAAGCAUCCUUCAAUGAAUAAAUGCUGAGCCUGGGAGCUGGACAAUUUUACUGUAGUUUAGGCAACAUGUUGUAACUGCACUGGGACCUGAGGGGCCCAUAGACAUAUCAAAUACAUCUUUUAAUUGCCAAGGUAAUUGCAAAGGCUGGCAGUGGGAUAACAAUAUGUAGAGGGCUGCGGGUUACCCCAUUCUAAGUUUCAGUAUAUGACAAUUCGUAGAAUAACAGCUGCUGUUAAAAGAAAUAAAUUUAACAUGGUGUAGGCUGCAGUAUAACACACAUCUCUCUGAUAAAAGACUCUUCCUUAUAAGCCUUUUGAUCUGUAAUGACUUAUAACUACAGUGAAGAAGAGCAUGGAAUAUUGACAUAGUGUGCAUAAAUGUCCUCAGAGACAAGUCACCUUCACAUACAUUUCCACCUGUCCCUGCAGACACUCUGCUGCUGGAUGCCAACCCUCUAAAUGCAGUGACCAUGUGACACUCUCAGGUGACAGUAGAACUCAGGCUUGAUGGAAGCCUUGAGUUCCUGUUACCAAAUGGAAGUUGUAACUGCACUGACACAAGAUGUUCCAGAUUGGGCCAUAAGAAGGUAUCAGACAUUACCUACAAUGUCGAAUCGGCUUAUUGUACCCCCUGGGCCAUCACUAGCAAAGCUUCCUGUCAUUGAACACCCAUUAUCUCGCCUUGGGGACCCAGACACUUUGUCACUCAGAGGGGUUUCAAGGGCUGGCAGUGCACAACCUGAAGAAGAAGGACUAUGGCCCACAAAGCCUCCAAAGACUGCAUCUUCUAAUUACAGUGACAAGAGAUCCCAGUUCAGCCCUCUAAACCAUAAUAUCCCAGCUGGAGUGCAGGUCACUGUUGCAUCUGAUGAGAACAAGACCAGGCUGCCCAUCUUUGGUCAGAGAGCAGAUAUUGGAAGUCGGGCUGAAAGCAGAGUGAGCGAUGCCAGCAGCAGAUCCAGCUCUUUUUCUCGGCCUGGAACACAGCUAAGGAUAGAAGUGGAUGAAUUGGAACAUAUUCUUCGGGAGAAGAUGAGAUCUGGAGGAUAUUUUAGUCUGAGGCAGCUGUUUAAAAACAAUGAUCCAGAGGGCAAAGGCCAAGUCAACAGGGAUGUGCUGCUUAUGAUGCUGACAAAAUUCCUUGGCAGGUUUAUAAGUUCCAAGCAGUAUCAGCAGCUUCUUUUGAGGCUAAAUCUCCAAGAAAAGACAAUUAUAAAAUUUGAAGAGCUGUAUGCUGCUGUGAGAGACCCUGUGCCUUCAGGGCGCCCAACCUGGCUGGAUCCUAUCAACAGGAAAGCAGAAGAAAAGACCUUGAUGACUGCAUCACAGGUGCAUGUUCUGCUAAAAGACAAGACAAAACAAAGGUUUCUGGAUCUUGCUGAUUUAAUAUCAGAGAAGAGUGAGGAUGGAGAUGUUAGAAUUUUACCUCCUGAGUUCAGACACAUGUUGGAGCAGCUUGGCUUUUACUUGGAGGAUGAGGAGUUUGAGAAACUGUGGAAAAGGUAUGAUGUGGAUGGAACAGGAGUACUUAAAGGGGAUUUACUCCUGAAGAAACUAAGAAAUGGGCAAUCUAGAGAAAUGUCCAAGGCAGAAUGGGAAAGGAAAGCCUCGCUCAGCAUUGAGAAAUGGCUGAAAGAUAAAUUCAGGGAAGGCUUCCGGAGCAUGAAAGAAGAAUUUGAAAAGCAUGAUCCACAAGGAACUGGCAAGGUUAAAAAAAAAGAUUUUCUCUCAGUUUUGGAGACAUUUGAAUUAACACUUAAAGAUGAACAUUUCAACCUUUUCUUAGCAAGAUGUGGCCUAGAGAAUAUACCUUCUGGCAUUAGCUAUGUGGACUUCUUAAGAAAUUUUCAAGACCGUUCUGAAAAAGGCAUCACACACAAGAUACUAUCUGACCCUUACCACAGAUUUCAUAGGGGAGGUGGUAUUAGUCCAUUAUCUACAAUGACUGCAGUGGAAGCCAAAUUAACUAACCUCUUUCAGGCAGAUUUUUUGGCUUUGCUUGCAACAUUCGAGAAAAUCGAUAAGUUCAACCGAAAUGUUGUAAGUCAGCAAGAAUUCCGAGCAGCUAUUGAGAGCAGGUUCGGUGUGGAGAUUACAGAUGAAGAGUUUGAGCAGUUACUUGACAGAAUCCCUCUCGAUGAAGAUGGAAAUGUCAGAUAUCCUCAUUUCAUGGCUAUGUUUGAUUCAAGGAAAGGAGUGCCAAGCCUUUUUGAUGAAAAAUCCACAGUUCUCUCAGUAUAUGACGUGCCAGAAAAGAAGGAAGCAGGUUCUGGGAGGACUCCAGAGCAAUUAUUCAAAAUCAUUAAGGGCCUCGUUCAUAAAAACUACACAAUUGUGGAAAAAGAAUUUGAAGAUUUGGAUGAAAUGAAUUCACGGCGUCUCACUCAGGAAAACAUGUACUUACUAUUAAAGAGGUUUGAUAUCCAGCCUGCUGUCACCCGAGGAGAAAUCCAAAAGCUUUGGAAGACAUUUAUCACCAAUCAGGACAAAACACUGGAUUACCUGGAGUUUGUGAGGCAUUUUGGUUACUCACCCAAAUCAGCCUGCUACCCCAAUGCAAAAAUUAGCCCCCCAAAGAAAGGAGAUGGGGAUUUCAAGAUUCGUUCUAAGAAGCUUAACUGUGAUUCUGACAUACUUAUAGAUAGUGUUCGGGCAAAGGUGGAGUACCUGUGGGAUGACCUGCAAAGAGAAUUUGUAGAUCUUGACCCAUACCGAACAGGAUUUGUCAGUAAAGAAGAAUUUAAGGAUAUUCUAACUGAGCUUUGUAUACACCUAAAUGAAUAUGAGCGUGAGAGGUUGGCCAAAAAAUUUGAAUCCAACACUGACGGGCGGGUUUCCUACACUGAAUUCCUGAAACCUUUUAUAACACGACGACAAAUCUGGAAGACGAAAACCAACAUGGAGGCUGUUAUGCAGAGCCCUCGGGAAAAUGCCAGUCCUUCUGAAAAUCAUCCCGGAGGACUAGAGUCACUGACAUCCAGAAUGCGGGAGAAGUUGCAAGGAGAGUGGAGAACACUUCGCAGAGCCUUCAGGAAGUUGGAUAUGGACAGCAGUGGAUACUUAUCUCUACCUGAAUUUAAAUCUGUCCUGAAACUGUGCAACUUUGUACUGGAUGAAGAUGAGGUUUAUCACAUUAUGUCCAAAUAUGACCAGAACAUGGACGGGCGCAUCAAUUACAAGUCGUUUCUGGAGCACACUUGCAAAAAUGAGCAGUCAUGCGCCUCAAACACACCACUGGCAAAUAGCGCCUGAUUGCCAUUCACUAUGUUUCCUCAGUUCCUUUACACUUUUCGUUUGUUUCAUAGCUCAUUUGCCACAGUUCAUUUUCAGCCACUGUCAUGGUCUUUCUUCAAUAAGCAGAGCAGAUUAUCCAGCCUUUUCAAUAAACUUUGUGUUUAUUUCUAUCGA